AUGGGUUCGAUUAACAGAGACGACGAGAAAGAGAGUUUACUCGAUACUAAAACAUCCAGAAAGAAGAACGCCCGAAUUCAUAAUGGGUAUGGCGCCCGACAUACAUUCACAAUCUUGUCUUUUAUCGGAUAUUUCCACAUAUAUGCCCUCCGAUUUAACCUGAGCGUUGCCAUAGUAGCCAUGGCAAAUCAUACAGACACCAAGUCCGAUGUAAAUAACACGGACAUGGAUGUGUGCCCGAGCCCGAGUUUAAACGACACGAAACUCACUAACAAACAGGCUGUUGAAUUCGACUGGGAUGAGAGUACUCAGGGGCUUAUUCUCAGCGCAUUUUUCUAUGGUUACGCCGCAACACAAAUUCCCGGAGGAUACUUGGCGACAAAGUUUGGAGGAAAGCAUAUCUUUGGCUGUGGAAUUUUGAUUACUGCCAUUCUGACAUUGUUAACACCUUUGGUUGCUAGGAUAGGCACAUGGGCACUGAUUGUCUGCAGGAUUAUUGAAGGAUUAGCUGAGGGUAUGACGUUUCCAGCAAUUUCGACAAUGCAAGGGAAAUGGACACCGGAGAAGGAAAGAAGCGUCCUACCUGUUUUCGCCAGCUCUGGUGCCACUUUCGGAAGUCUCGUCGUCAUGCCGGUUGCCGGAUAUUUGUGCGACUCUGAUUUCCUAGGUGGAUGGCCCUCCGUUUUCUACAUAUUUGGUGGAACAGCUGUAAUAUGGUUCGUGUUUUGGAACUUUCUGAUAUUCGAAACGCCAUCUGAUCACACACGGAUCUCAGCAGCAGAGAGACUGUUUAUCGAAAGUACCGCAUCUGUAAAGAAAGCAACGCAUUACCCUACACCUUGGAGAGCGAUUUUGACAUCGUCUGCAGUGUGGGCCAUUAUGCUGACCGAUUUCCUGCAGGCUUGGGGUGGCUGCAUCACAUAUACUACACUGCCUACGUACAUGAAUAAAAUACAGAAGUUCGAUAUUACAAAAGAUGGGCUACUGAUGGCCCUACCAAUGCUGAUGUCCUUGAUAACAAGCAUUUUUGGGAGUUACUUGGCAGAUUUAUUGCGGAGCAAGAGGAUUCUAUCUACGGUCACCGUUCGGAAACUUUUCAACACUUUAGGUCUUGUACCCGCUGCUUUGUGCUUACCAUUUAUAUCUUUGGCCGGAUGUGAACACGUUAUCGUCGUAGCACUUAUUGUGCUUGGGAAUGGAAUGUUAGGGUUCGUUCAAGUUGGUUUGACCGUUAACCUUCUCGAUAUCGGAUACAAUUAUUCAGGAAUACUGAUGGGUUUAUCUAAUUUUUCUUCGAAUAUACCUGCCGUUUUUUCUCCGUAUUUUGUUGGAUUAAUGACAAAUAACCACGAAUCAAUGAGUCGAUGGCAAACGAUAUUCUACGUGUCAAUGGGUGCUUACAUAGUCGGGACAAUCAUAUUCCUUGUAUUUGCUAAAGGAUCAGAACAGCCAUGGAACAAGCCACCUGACAAACCCAAUGAAAAUUACAUCACAAUUAAGCAAUCUUCUAUGACUGGAUAUCAAUCGCCUAAAACAAGAUAUGCGAACUCGUAUGGUUUUUAA